AUGCAGGCCAUCCGUUGUCGCACCGCCUUUCCAGCCCCAGCCCUCAAUCUGGUCCUCAUCACGAGGACCACGCCCGCCGUGCAACGCUGUCUGGUCUCAACCCAAAGCAGUGCCAGCGAGGAAGAGCUCAAGGCCGCUCGAGCCUGGCUCGCAAAACUGCAUGCCGAGUCAAUUCCCCUCAAAAGCAUUGGCGAAUUAAGUUUCAGCAGGUCAUCGGGUCCUGGCGGUCAGAACGUGAACAAAGUCAAUUCUAAAGCUACUCUGAAGGUACCCCUGGACGCGCUGCUGCAGCAUGUCCCCACUGCCAUUCAUGGCGAGCUCAAGCGGUCCCGCUAUGUGGCUGUGCGCUCCAAUUCCAUGAUAGUCCAGGCCGACGACAGUCGAAAACAGAACGACAACGCCCAGAGCUGCUACAAACGCCUCUAUGAAGCCGUCGUGGAAGCGGGCAAGCAUGCUGUGCCAGCGGAAACCUCUGCGGACCAGGCGCGGCGCGUCAAAGACCUCCAGAAAAAUGAGAAUGAGCGCCGCUUGAAGAGCAAGAAGCAGCAGAGCGCCAAGAAGAGCUCGAGACGAGGCCGAGGUGAUGAUUAA